AUGAAUAAUACAUCCGUAUCGAUUUCAAUAAACUUUGCUUUAAUAAAUCAAUCAAUAAAUCGUUAUGCUCCUAUUCCUCUUCUUCUAUUUGGUAUUAUUGGAAAUAUUUUAAAUAUCUUAGUAUUUACACGUAAAAUCUUUCGUAAUAAUAUUUGUGUUAUUUAUUUUUUGUCAUCAACUAUUUUUGAUUCAUUUGUUAUUGUUAUUAGUCUUUUUCCACGUUUACUUCUUGGAUUUAAUAUUGAUCCAACACAAAAUUCAUCUGUACUUUGUAAAUUAAGAUUUUUCAUAACUUAUUAUUCAGGAUAUUCAGCUGCAUGGUUUAUUGGUUUAGCUUGUAUUGAACGAUAUCUUUGUUCUUCAAUAGAUAUCUACAAACGUCAAUUGGUUACAAUGAAGCGUGCUUAUCUUUCGAUAAUCGUUGUUAUGUUAUUGGGAAUAUUUAUAUAUGGUGAACAAUUCUAUUGUAUUGAUAUACAUCAACAAUUAUUUGGUGCACCACAAUCAUGUUAUCAAUUGAAACGAAAUAUUCGAUGUCAAAUUGUUGAUAGUUUAAUGCAAUUUUUAUUUGAAAUCUUAGCACCAACAUUAAUGAUGAUUAUAUUUGGAUCUUUAACUUUACGAAAUAUUCGUCAUAGACGCAAUCGUCGAUGUUAUCCAGCACAAACAAAUAAUUCAUCAACUCGAAAUCCUUCUUCUGUAAUACAGCAGUUAGGAAAUCCUAGAAACGUUGUAAAUAAUCAAAGAAUAAAAAGACGUGAUAUUCAAUUGGUUACAAUGUUACUUGUACAAGUUAUUGUUUUCGUUAUUUCUACAUUUCCUAUUAGUAUUUACAAACUCUAUUCUAUUGGAACAAUUCAUGAAACAAAAUCUAAAUUACGUCAAUCAAUUGAAAAUACAAUAUUCAAUAUAUCUGUUAUUACUUUAUUUCUUAAUAAUAUCAUUACAUUUUAUAUCAACACUUUAUGUGGUACUAUAUUUCGAAAAGAAUUAAUACGAUUAUUUCGUCCACUACAGCAAAUAAUCUAUAAAUAA